GGCAAAUUCAACAAGAUGGCGAACUUCCAAGGGCCGUGCAGAAGCGUGGUCCGGAAUACCGUAGCUGGUUAAGCUGCAUCGAUCCCGCCAGGGCUGUACGAUACAACCGUGCGGACUCUGCUGAGCUGCCGCCCCGGCUGCCCUUGCCGCGAUGGUUUACCAAACAACCCUUAGAGGAGUGACAGAGGUGGAGGCAAAGUGAUAAAUCUACGCCGUCUCGGUCCAUAGCGUUUCCCCGAUACCAACCAUGAGGAGGAGCCUGUCGGGAAACGGGCCAAUAAGGCGGCCUGCCGCAACUGGUGAGCAGAAUCACUCGCUUACAUUAAACAGGAGGGGGAAGCCGGCUCCAAGACUGGCACUCAAUGACCGUCUUCUGGGAGGAUCGGUCGAUCUGGAAGUCAGUCUAGAUUCGGUCAGAAGAAACGCGGCCAUGACGACCAAGACGUCCGUCAUUCAGAGGAGUGCGACUUUUGAUUCCGCGUGGAGUGAAUCGAUAGAGACCAGGAUGGACUCCGAGCCAUUAUGGGAUGACACCGAGCCCUCGGUUGACUCUGAACGGACCUCGCAGACACCGGAAGGCUUUGGUUAUUACGGCGGUAUUGUAGACGACGUGGAGCCGGUACCCUGGUACAAAUGCCCGGGCUUUCUACACACAAAGCACUCGGUGGCGGACAGGAUCAUUCUCAACGUGGGCGGAACAAUAUUUGAAGUCUCGAAAUUCGUCUUGGAUCGCUACCCGGAGACGUUACUUGGUAGCGAGGAGAGGGAUUACUUCUACGACGAGUCGGUGAACGAGUACAGGUUCGAUAGAGACCCUGAAGUCUUUCGGUACAUCCUGAACUUUUACCGGACAGGAAAGCUGCACUACCCGGAGACUGAGACCCUGGGAACGUACGAGGAAGAGCUGAUGUUUUUCAGGCUCGGACAUGAAGGUCUACCCGAUAUCAUCAGCCCUUGUUGUCGGGAAUCCUACCUCGAUAAGAAAGAAGCUCUCAAUCAGCUGAGGCAAGAAGAGGCAAAGGAAGCGCUGAAAUUGAUAAAAACUAAUCCAGAGGAUAUCCGGGCUGUGAUAUGGGCUGGGAUUGAGAACCCCACGGGAAGCUGCAUGUCCGCGGCGUUUUUCUAUGUGAUUAUGUUCUUCAUAGCGAUCUCCAUCGCGACAAACACAAUAGAGACGCUGUACUGUGGCGCUACGGACAAGGACGUGCCAAUUUAUUGCGGGGAGAGGUACCCUCACCUUUUCUACGUCAUCGAAACGUCCUGUGCGAUGCUGUUUACAUCGGAGUACUGCGUCCGUCUCUUCGCCGCUCCCGACCGAUGGCUGUUCGUGAAGAGUCCCAUGGCCAUCAUCGACCUGUUGUCCAUCCUACCGUUCUAUCUCGCGCUGAUUUUACCCAAGAACAGCAACCUCAGCGGGGUCUUCGUCACUCUAAGGGUUUUCCGGGUAUUUCGGGUCUUCAAACUCUCGCGUUCGUCAACCAACCUGAAGCUGCUAGGACUCACAUUGAAAAGUUGUCUCAGAGAUCUGAGUUUCCUGCUAUUUGCCUUGGCGAUGACCGUCAUCUUGUUUUCAACCGUGAUAUACUACGCGGAGAAGGGAGUACCCAACGGCAGGUUCACAUCCAUCCCGCAGACAUCAUGGUACGUGGUGGUUACUAUGACUACGUUAGGGUAUGGGGAAAUAGUGGCCAAUACCGUGUUUGGCAAGAUCGUGACGGCCGUAUGUUGUGUGAGCUCCGUCAUUCUCCUAACACUCCCCGUCACGGUUAUCGUGUCGAACUUCAACAACUUGUACAGGCCGGACAAACUCAAAGAUGUCGGGCCUCCUCGGAGGAAUCCUCCGCCCCUGGCCCCGAAAGAACUUGAAAUAUUCCACUCCCAGCAUCGCCAUCUCUUGACUUGUAUAGAGAAAAGCACGGGGCACAAUUUCACCACUUUGCGGUUUCCCUACAUGGAAACUGAACACUGGGAAGGGUGCUGUCAUCAACACGGGCACGGGCAUGGACAUGGGCAUGGACAUGGGCACGGGCAUGGGCAUCUGACGCACAGACAUUCUCAUUCGCAUUUGUAACAUGGAUGAAGCCCCACGUACGUGUGUCAUGUUAUCUAAAUGCACAAUUAAUGAUACUGAUUGGAAGCAAGCGAUAUGCAGUAGAAGCCAGUUAAUUGCACAACGGAUAACUGCACACUCCUGUUAAUUGCACAGAUAAUCCCAAAUCCCGUAGUGAUGCGGUCCAGCUGAAUAACUUCGCUUUGUUGCACCAUCCGGAUAAUUGUAAAGAUGUGCUUGAAAAUGGGAGCGCAAUUAAAGGGCUUCUACUGUAACAGCUAAGACGGAAAAACAUGUUUGAUAUUUGCCAUCCAUGUGGUAAUCAUUUGUCACGACGGCAUUUGAGAGAAAAUUACACAUGCUGUUAGCGACCCUGCUGCCAACCCGGAUAGCGAAUAAACAUGCUCAAUCCGUGCCUGUCAUGGUGGGAAUCCCGUGGAUUGGGUAAACUGUCGCCAUCAGUCAUAUUGACAGGACUGUAAUGACUAUACACGAGAAGAAACCCCGUUUUGGGGGCUGUACGUGACUUCCUGCACCGAACUAUAGACAGUAAACUCACUUCUCACCGUCCAAAGUACAAUGUGUAGCAGCAUCAAGUUGGUUGAUCAUCUGUUUGCAUCUCACGUCGCAAACACCCAAGAGUCAAACAAGUGUAAGUAUAGUAUAGCGAGAUGUCACUUUCAAUACACGAGCAAUAUAUCCGCAUUUUUCACAAACCUGUGUAUUUGUGUGUGUGUACUGAGAACCAUGGUUGCUUGAUACAAAAAAAUACAACUUUGUAGCUUGUCAGAACAAUCGCUGCACACGCCAUCAAAUCAUGUCUAGUUUAAUGGAAGUGUGGUGCGGAAAUAUACGAGCACUCCGUGUGUAAUGGAAGGCGGCUCUGUGAUUUAUCUGGUCCCAGCAACUCGUUACGUCCUCACGCCUGUUGAAAUUACUAGUGUACGCGCACAGAAACGACGCCGUCGUUAGUAGUUUCCUUUUUACCUGCUCUGUGAUCCGAUGCUCUUAAAUUGGCAUUCCACUCGAAGAAGCAGCAAAUACGUAAACGUCAGGUUCCAUACUACCAACCAACACAGAGCCGCUGCAGGGUUAAAUGAAGCGGCACGGAGGGUGCUUAGGUCCGAGGAAGCUGAAUGUUGCGUUUCCGAUUACUGUACCGUAAAAAAUAGGGCCGACAGGCGGAGAUUCACUUUUUGUUUAGACCGCCUAGCAGAUCCAAAAAAAUCCAGUAAACAAUGUAAAUCAAAAUGCUUUAAGACACUGAUACUUUCAGCACUAUAACGUAAUUAUACAGAUAGACAUUGUGCAAUAACAAGUGUUGAUAAACUGAACACAGAAGUACAUUUUAUUACAUUCAAUUGCUCUUUUUUUUAACAGGGUGUGAAAUGAAGAUUUGCAAAAACUACUCUUAAUUCUGUUCUGGUUCAUCACUCAGAUGGUAGAUCGAAAAUCUUUAAUAUGUCCCUUGGCAGCGGUCGGCCAAAAAGGGCUGGGGUCUGCAGGUUUCUGCAAGGGGCGGUGGGGUAAGCGGAAAUGCACCAUUCUUUUCUUUCAGGAUUUGAGAGGGAAUCAAUGAGACAACUCCAAUGUCGUCAGAUUUACUGGUGAGUCUACUGCCAAGUGGCCUUAGCUUUGUGAAUCUAGAACAUUUCUAGAGUAGAUGGAAUAUUAAGACAAAUCUGUAUUAUCUAUGUGUUUGAUACGUAUUGAUCGUAUCGAUUUUAAAAAUGAUGACAGAGUGACAAACAAGUAACACCUACCUAAUCAAAGCUGCUCGUUCAGAUGAUUAGUUUUUGUCCUGAACAAGAUGCUAAAAUCACAGACCGUUCUGGUGUUACCAAGACGUUUUUAUUUUAAUUAGACCGUGAUGCAAUUGCACAAAGUCGAAACUUUCCCGUUCUCAGUGUCCCUUUUAUUUCUCAAUAAAGUAUAAAAAUGCUACCUGAUAUAUUGCCGGGAUAUGCACAGUACGGUAUAGACUUAUGUCAUUGCAAUGAGAAAUAUGAUUGUUUUCUAAGAUGAGUAUAGCAUAGAUAUUACAUUGUCUGAUGUUAUCGAAACAUGUAAAGAGACAAUCUUGCGAUAUAUUGUUCGGAAACAAAUUGUUGAAGGAACGAUCUGUCAGGCUUUGGUACUUUUCUGCUGUCAAAUAUAUCCUCUAGCUGUCAAAACAACCUCCGAGAGAUAUAUUCCCUACCAGUGUGAUUACUACUAUAUACAAAUAAAUGAGAUUGCUAUAUGUACAAGUAUUGUAUACUGCCUCUUGGGCUUGAAGAGGAAUUGUUGAUAAAUCUGAAUACACUUCAUUUA